AUGAUGGUUUCAUCAUCACACUCUCUCAGAAGAGUACCAUCACUGGUGUUCUUACUCUUCUGCUUUCUUCUGAUGGUAUCAUUGUUUGACGAAACUUUCGCCGCGAUGCGUAUAAAUGAGAUCGCGGAUAAAGGGAGCGACAACACCUGCGAAGGGGAAGAUUGGAUUGAAUUGUUUAACGAUUCGACCGACGACGUGGAUCUCGAAGGAUACAUUCUGCACGACGACGACUAUCCGAAGGAAGUGGGAACGGAAUUGACGUUCGGUGCGGGAACGUCUCUAUCUGGAGGCGCGUAUUUAGUUCUGUGCUGCAACGAUAACGAUGGCAUUAACAACCCCAAGUUUAAGGUUGGCAAAAGCGACACGGUGACGUUAUUGGACUCGAGUAAGAACGUGGUUUCUACUUCGGGAAAAUUACCGGGUUUGGGCGAGGAAAAUGUAACGUACGCGUUCAGUGCUCUAGGCGAGUACGUGCAAACUUGGACACCAACUCCGGGGGAGUUGAACGUGAUCACGUCGAAACCGUUAAAGGAUUUACGAGCGCAAAAUGACGAGGGAUCUUCUUUUUUUAGCAUGGAUGAAAAAGGUUUACCUGUAUCUGGCUUUGAUGCGGUCGUCGAUCUGUAUGCAGAGGUUGACGCGGGUGAUUGGGCAAUCCUGAGAUUGAAUCCAUAUGCCGAAACGUACAUUGAUGUGCAAACAUUCAAAGUGAAGAGCUCAACAAUUGGCGAACACAUUCUUCCGAGUCCAGGAAGAAUGAGAACUCGAGGCCAGAGCACACUUUUUUAUCCAGUAUGCAUGGGAAGCGAAGCAGUACCGUUUAAAUUAGAUUUUGCGUCCGUGAAUUCGAGUCAAACUCUAUAUGGUGUGGAGAGUGCAUAUCUUCGGACGCAUCUGAGUGAUGAAUCAAAAAUGAAAGAGUGGGUGGUUCAUCGAAUGCUAGCCAACUUUGGUCUACCUCACGUGCGCACGCGUCACGUACGUUUUCAUGUAAACGACGAUCUUCUUGGGUUUUACACUUUCAUGGAAGCCGUUGAUCAAGAAUAUGUGAGCGCGAGGUCAUUCGGAUUUAACUCAUUUGAUCAACACAAUAAUGCUCUUUACAAAGUAAAGUCAUUGUCUCUCGGUUGUGGAAACGAAGAAGAAUAUCAAAAAGAGAGAGUUGAAGGAUUUCCGGAAAAAUGUACAUCACCUGACGGGAUGGGUGGAUUCGAUUGUUGUGCUUCUUAUGCGUGGGGUGAGCCUAAAACAUGCGCUCCUGGGUACAUCGUUAAGGAACAACCUUCGCGAAGUGAUUGGGGUAUUGAGAAUUGCUGGUAUACAUGUUUGAGCAAUUCCGAGGACGAAGUAACAUCAGGAGGGCCGUACCAAUUCGAGAGAGGAGAACAUCGUGAAAAAAUAACCCCGAGAUAUCAAGAAGACUGGUGUUGGGCGGAAUUUUUUGGUAGAAUUGGCAAGGAAAGAUUGAGUGUCGUGCAAGCAUUCUAUGAGACGGGAUACGACACUGCGGAUGAUUGCGGAAAAUUUUUAUUAUCUCAAGGUCUCGUUGAUCGUGAUCUGGGAACAAACGAAUGGGAUUCUGCGAUGGAGAAAUUCAUCAAUUCGCACCUCUCCGUUAAGGGCGCGUGCCAGAACAAACAGUGCUCUAAUAAAAGGCAAAUCUCUGAUCUUAUUGACGUCGAUAAUUGGUUGAAAAAUUUUGCUGUUUAUGCCACUAUCAUUGAACAAGACUCACCCAUGGGUAACGGGAACAAUUACUUUUUAGCGGCGCACGCGGGAGAUGGUGGGACUGAUACUCCAAAAUGGAAAAUGAUACCUUACGAUCACAACAACGAUGUGUAUGCAGCAUCAACAUUGUGUGAUGCGCAGUGUGGGAAUAAAGACUUAACAGAAUGGUCAGUGAUUCGUCCUACGUGUAAGCACUUAAGUGAAAAUCCAUUAGUCGGGCCUUUGCUUCUCGAUGAAAGUUUACACGAAAGAUACUUGGUGUUCGUAAAGCAGUUUGUAGAGGAAACUUUCUCAAAUUCAACUUUCUUAGAACACAUGAAAUUGCAUUCCAAAGAAAUUGAGGCCACUGCAAACGAGUCACCGGACAGUGUAAUAUAUGGCAAUAUCGAUAACAGUAACAUUUGGGAUUGGAUAUCUACUCGAGGAGAAAAAGUAUCGUUGCAGCUCGCUCGGUGGUAUGAAAAGAGUGACAAUUCAGCAUUUCCAAUCGACUCGUCCGUACCGUGCGUCACAUCGGAUGAAGAAUUCUGCUCUUCUUCUUUAUGCACAAGUCCAAACGGAUUGGGUGGAUACGAUUGUUGGGCGGGAACAUUUUUUGAACCGUGCACGUGCAGCGCAGGAGUAGCAAAGGAAACAGGUGAAAGCACGGAAUAUUUAGGUCAGACCUAUUAUUCGUACACGUGCUGCACCGACGGAUCUGGAACUGGCCAGCAAUGUGGAUUGUUCUCGUCUGGAAUUAAAUCCAAUGGUCUUCUUGGUAUACUUUUUGCAGGAGUGGUCGCCUUCGCGCUCGUCUGA